AUGGCCAGCCACCUUGUCGGCACGGCUGAUCUCAACCUCAUCGAGGCCCCAGUCACCUGGCAUGCCUAUCUGAUUUGUGGCUUCGCCAGCUUUGGAGGUAUUCUCUAUGGCUAUGACUCUGGCUACAUCUCGGGUGUUCUAGGCAUGCCCUAUGUCAAGAAACAUUUCGGCCAUGUGGUGCCAAAGUCCAAGGAUCCGGACGGCUACAUCAUUGCCACCUCGCGCAAGUCACUCAUCACAUCCAUCCUCUCUGCCGGCACCUUUAUCGGCGCUUUGAUCGGUGGCGGUGCCGCUGAGCGUCUUGGCCGUCGCCUCACCAUCAUGCUCUCGUGUCUGAUCUUCUCCAUUGGCGUGGCUGUCCAAGUCGGUACCGUCAACAUCGCUGGUCUUGUGGCAGGUCGAUUCGUCGCUGGUUUGGGUGUUGGGGGUGUCUCUGCUACUGUCAUCCUUUACGUCUCUGAAAUCAGUCCUCGCAAAGUCCGCGGGCUGUUGGUUUCCGUCUACCAAUGGGCGAUCACAAUCGGAUUACUCGUGGCAUCUGGCGUCGAUCAAGGCUGCAAAAAUCGCCCUGAUCGGUCCUCCUAUCGUAUUCCCAUUGGAAUGCAGUUCAUCUGGGCCUUCAUUCUCGCCGUUGGACUUUUCUUCCUCCCCGAGUCCCCUCGCUACUACGUCAAAUGUGGUCGGAUGGAGGAUGCCCUCCGUUCCUGGAGCGAGUUCGAGGCAGAACUUGCAGAGAUCAAAGCCAACUUCGAGUACGAAAAGCAAAUUGCGAGCACUUCUUGGGCCGACUGCUUCAAAGGGGGCAUGUCUCGCCGUGGAAAUCUUCACCGAGUGAUCAUGGGAACUUGUUUGCAAAUGUUCCAGCAGUGGACUGGUAUCAACUUCAUCUUCUACUACGGGACCACGUUCUUCCUGCAGGUGGGCAUCAAGAAUCCCUUCCUGAUCUCGACCAUCACAGGCAUUGUCAAUGUUACGACCACCCCCGCCUCGUUCUACAUGAUGGAAAAGUUUGGUCGCCGUAAGCUCCUCAUCUAUGGUGCCGCUGUCAUGUGUGCCUGCGAGUUUAUCGUCGCCAUCGUUGGCGUUGCCGCCAAGGGACAACACGCUGCAGAGAUCUGUUUGAUCGUCUUCACUUGCUUCUACAUCGCUGCGUUUGCUACCACCUGGGGUCCCUGCUGCGGCGUCGCGCUUGCAACAGCCUCAAACUGGCUCUGGAACUGUAUCAUUGCGGUCAUCACCCCGUACAUUGUGGACGAGGACAAGGGUAAUCUGGCAGUCAAGGUAUUCUUCGUCUGGGGCAGCGCUCUCGUUUUGUGCUUCAUGUUUGCCUUUUUCGUCGUUCCCGAGACCAAGGGUCUAUCUCUGGAGCAAGUCGACAAGAUGCUUGAGGAGUCUACUCCCAUGACUAGUGCUAAGUGGAAGCCCCAUGAUACUUUUGCUCAUGAAAUGGGCAUGGUUGAUAAGCAGGAGCCUACAGUCAGCCACCUCGAGGAACACCACUCGCCUGCAGAGCCGCUCGGACGUUACAAUGCGGUUUAG